AUGUCGUUUUCAUUCUUGUCUCGUGGAGCCAAGUUCAGUAAGAAGGACAAGGAACAACAUGAACCACAGUUCUACGGCCGUGCAGAAAGGAUCCAUGCGUCCGAGUUUGUUGCUAUACAAGUUAGUAAAGACGUACCAAGAGUUCCAUACACAGAGAUAACUGAUGAACAGGAACGCGCAUGGUGUACGGCCCAGCGCAUUUCUCGCAUAAAUUGGGGCGACUGUGGUCCAACAUGUAAGUCGUUUGAUGAGCUUUCCACGCGCUUUGUGCUGCAGUCAGAUCAAGAUGCUUCAUCUGGUAGUUUUGCUGCAAAAGAGCUGCAGAAGAACAUCAGUAAGUUAGGAUGGGAGGUCCCAUCCCCGGUACAACAGGCUGCUAUCCCUGCCUUGAUGUCGCGCCGUGACUGUCUUUGCCUGGCUCCAACUGGCAGUGGAAAGUCAGGAGCGUACAUUAUUCCAUCAAUACUGUCACUUGGUCAACCAGGCAGCGAUGGAUUUCGUGUCCUUGUUCUGGUUCCCACAAGAGAACUAGCAGAUCAGGUGGCACGUGUCUGCAAUCAGCUCGCUCCUUCAUUCCGUACAAUGUUAUUACAGCGAAAGGAGACGGUUACGCAGUCCCUCAUCAAUUCCAAAAGACAUGACGUUAUGGUGGCGACACCUCUUGUUUUGUUGAACUUUUUAACCGAAGGCAUUGUGCGGUUCCCCAACUUACAAACAAUCGUCCUCGACGAAGUCGACUGCCUGAUGAACCCACAAUUCAUAGAGCAAAUAGAUGCUGUGUUAGAGUGGAUUUUGAAGACGAAUGCAAACACUGGAGGCUGUUGUCCAGCUAAUCGGCCCGUGUUCACAUUGUUUAGUGCCAGUGUGACUGAUCAAGUCUUUGGACUUGUCAAUACCUUCCUAGUGGAUCCGGUACAGAUUUCAGUAGCUGGAGCAGGCAUGCCUACCAAUACUGUAAAACAAUACUUUAUGUUUGCUGGCAGGGAUCGAUACAAAAUGUUUACCCUCCAGCAAGCGAUUAUAGAGUACGGAAAGCCGCCCGUGCUUGUGUUUGCUUCAACUUCAGAUAGAGUCUUUACGAUAUAUAAAGAGCUUAUCUGCUAUGUCGAUUGGCCGACUGGCUAUCUUCAUGCUGGCUUGACCAAAAACCAACGCCAUGAGAUUGUUACUAAAUUUCGAACAGCAGACUUAUGGAUCUUAGUCUGCACAGACGUUUUAGCGCGCGGGCUGGACUUCCCACGCAUAGGGCUGGUUAUUAAUUUCGACAUACCAUCUGAUCUAACACAUUACAUUCAUCGGAUUGGACGAGCGGGAAGGCAGACAGAGGGAACUGCGGUGACGCUUUUUACAGAGCGCGACGCGUUGUUAGUUCGAUCCUUAGCGACUGCUGUGCGGGAUAGCGGCCAGGAUAUCCCCGAGUGGAUGGUGACUCUUGAGGGAUUCAAAGGAGCGAAGGACACGUCCAAGGCUCGGGAAGCAAGUAUGUUCAGAGCUAGAUGGAAGGCAGAUGAGGGCAUCGACAGGAUACAUUGGAGCCGAACGAAGCAUCAGAAGCGACAGGUCAUCUACUCUAUCAAAGGGCUCCGCUACAGUGACAGCGCCAAUCGCAAUAUUGCUGGGCAAAGUGACAAUACCGAUAAUGGCAAAGACGAGCACCAGCUUUAA